CUGUGGUUCUUUCUUUCUACGCCUUGACUAGUUUGACAGGACAGGAGUGAUUCUUUCUGGAUUACCUAUCUUCGUAUUGAAUUGCAUUUUCCUUAAUUAUAUUGUUGUUGGCGAUUACAUAUUCAAAUAAUUGCACAACAUAAACAUGGAUAAAAGAAAACUUUCCACUGCAGGAGAUAGUUUGUACCAAAUACUUCAAGUACCCAAAACUGCAACUGCUGAAGACGUGAAGAAAAGCUAUCGAAAAUUGGCAUUAAAAUACCACCCAGACAAAAAUCCCAACAAUCCGGAAGCAUCAGAUAAGUUUAAAGAAGUAAAUCGUGCACAUACAAUACUCAGUGACGCGACCAAGAGAAAUAUUUAUGAUAAUUACGGAUCGCUCGGAUUAUACAUAGCCGAACAGUUUGGUGAAGAAAACGUCAAUGCCUAUUUCGUAGUUACAAGUACAUGGUGUAAAGCCGUAUUUUUGAUUUGUGGUAUUCUCACCGGAUGUUACUUCUGUUGUUGCUUGUGCUGCUGCUGUAACUGCUGCUGUGGGAAGUGCAAGCCUCGUCCGCCAGAAGAAUCUGGAGACUACCACACGCUGGAGCGAGAUGAUUCUGACGGAGUGCAAGCGGUUACCGUGCAGCCGGGCGGUGAGGGUCAAAGGCCCAAAGGAGACCAGGCUCCGCCCAUUGCCAUGCCCGCACCUCCUGCCUCAGGCGCCGGCGCCUCGGAGAACACAGGCCUCAACACAGGAAGCAGUAUUCCAAAAUACACAUGAAGUAUUCACAACCUAUCCUAGUCUAACAUAAUUUUUAAGAAAAAUAUGGAACUGAUUUUUUCUAUUAAACCACCAACAAGCACUUUAUGUAAUUGCAAAACGUAAAUUAAGUUUUAUAUUUAUAUAUAUUUUUUUACUUGUAAUAUACUAAAUCAGGUUUAUUUUGUGUUCAAAAAUUAAAUUUAUUGGCAAUAA